AUGUCAAGAGCCUUUUCCACCACCGCCCAACAGCUGAAGAAGCUCAAAUGGAGGCUUAACGGGACGACGGUGGAUGUCGCCUGGGCCCAGCGCACUGCGGAAAAAGCAGUAGACAAGGCUCCUGGAUUGGCCGGUAAAGUUGAUAGUGGGGUCGUCCAAGGAAAUCCUCACCCAACAGAUAAAACUGGGGAUUCUUAUCACGCUUCCAUCACCCUUGGUAUCAACGACGUCCAGGGGAAGGACCGUGUUACAUCUGCACAUGUUUACCCCGACGGGAGCGUUGCUUUCUCGAAGGAAGUGUACGGGCGAGUCAAAGUUGAUGUUGAUCCUGCUGCCCCCAAAGAACACAGCGCUUCCAAAUAA